AAACGGUUUGCUCAAGAGACACCCGGCAAGCUCACCUCGAUCCAUUUCUGCGCCUCCCGGAAAGCGGACGCGGCCACCGGCUGACACUGAUGCGACUGUCCGGCGUCAUGGAUACCUGCAACAAGAGUCAAGUGGUUGAUUUCGUGAUUGUGGUGUGUUUCGGUCAGUAAAGCUGUUGCAUCUGCGCCUGGCAGGACACACGCCCUCUCCGCGGCUUGUACAUUGCACCAAAAUGUCAUUUUGGUUGAUGGCGGCGUCAGUGCCGCUUCUUCCCGCCGUCCUGCUGGUGUUGGGUCGCCACCGGGCCCGGUUGGUCGAGUUCUGCCGCGGCGCUUUGGGCAGGAUGCUGCGGCCGCUGCGGGGACGCGCCUGCGCCGAGAGCACGCACGCCUUCGUCUUCUCCCGCUGCAUCCACGGCAAGGCCGGCAGCGUUCUGGAGACCUUUGACCUCUAUGCGGAGACGCACCCCUCCGCCUCGGUCGGCCCCCAGAUUGGCGAGGCCUUGGACAAGGUGGUCCGGCGAAUCGGGCCCUCCAGGGUGCUGGAACUGGGGACCCACUGCGGCUACAGUUCAGUGCUCCUGUUGCGUCUGCUGCCCGCCGACGGCAGGCUGCUCACGGUAGAGCAGGACCCCGCGGUGGCCGAUCUCGCGGAGGAGAUCAUCCUGGUGGCGGGCUUCAAGCACACCCAGUUCCAGGUGUUGACCGGCCGUUCAGGCAGGACCAUCCCAACCCUGUGCUCUUUGAUGGAACCAGCUCCAGGGACCAGCGACACCUUCCACCUGGUUCUCAUGGAUCACGACCCCCAGCAGUACCUUGUGGACCUGCUGGCUCUGGAGGGAGAGGGUUUGCUCUGCCCUUCAGGCUGCUCCAUCGUUGUGAUCAUCAGGGACCGACAAGACAAAAGUCUGGAGGAACUGAAGCAACUGAUCCGAGCAAGGCCAGAUUGCUACAGCUUCAAGGUGCAGGUUCCUGGGAUGGUGGAGCUCUUCUACCAGAAAAACCAUGACAACGCCACCCCUCGAGAAACCAUGUAAAGGGGAAUUCAUUCACCUGGUAGAAUAAAUCUCAUAAGUUUUGUAUUACCGGACUCACCAAAACCCCGAUUUCAAUCAAGUUGGGAACGUGUGUAAAAUUCACGAGUACUUUAUCCUAGUCCCUCAUUUUGAAUUUGA